AGGCAAUGCACACCUUUAUUAUAAUCGGAAAGGAUAUUACAGUGUUAAUGCAAUGAUAAUAUGUGACCAUAAGCAAAGAAUAAGGUAUGUGAACAGUAGGUAUGCAGGUGCAAGUCACGAUUCUUUUAUUUGGGAUAAUAGUGAUGCUUCCACCUACUUCCAAGCGCAGUAUGAAAAUGGAGACAGAAGCACAAGACUGCUAGGUGACUCUUCAUAUCCACUGUUACCCUGGCUUAUAACACCCUUUCGAAGUGCAGGCGUUGAUAGUCCAGAAAGCAGAUUUAAUAAAAGCCAUAGUAAAGGCCGUAAUAUUGUUGAACGAACCAUAGGCGUUUGGAAGAACUGGUGCUAAUGUCUCCUUUCUGCUCGCCAACUACAUUAUGCUCCUGAGAAAGUGGUUAAAAUUGUAAACGUUGCGGCAGCACUUCACAACAUUCGGAUACAUUAUAAUAUUUCCGAUGAAUACCAAGAGGAAGUCUACGAACUCGAUGAAUAUGUAGGCGAACCUUUACAACCUCAACGAUAUACAAAUGAAGCAACUCAAAUUCGCAAUGAGAUGUUACGUAGCUUUUUGUAAAAUAAAACUAUUUAUUAUCACAUUAUUCAUUUUCAUACAUAUUUAUUAAUAUUUAAGUAAAAGCCUUCCUGGCAAAGUGUUGCACAAAGUUGUCUACACA